AUGGAUUUCGGAGCGAACUGGGCGUACAAGGAAAUAGACGUGAAAGUGAGUGGAACUCUUCAAGAAGCUGCUGAUAUUCUGAGAAAAAUGAAGGAAGAAAAGGCGGAUGACAAGGAGAAAUCAUUGAUUUCACGCAACUUUUCGGGUAUCUCCAUAACAUCAACUGAAUCUCACAAGACAAUUUCCAUCAGUUCGAUUCAUCGUUCUUCGUCAAAAGAACCGAAACCAACUAUUCGUACUCCACGUGAUGCUGGAAAGAAUCGGAAAAUAUUAUUCCCGAAAGCAGUGAUUGUCAAUUCGAAAAAAGAAUCGUUGGUUUCGGCUAGUUAUGCGGAGAGUUCAAAUGAAAGCUCCGUGGAUCCGAUCACUCCAAUUCCGGAUAGUGAAAAUCUGUUCCCCGAGGCUAUCUACAUUCCAGCUAACAAGGAAAAGACUAAGAUUGAUGUGGCCGUUGGUCGUUCCACUUCUCGCGAAUCUAGUGAAUCCAUCAGAUCAAUUCAACGUAAACAUGUUCAACAGAUGGGACAGGAACCACUUGAAGACAUUCAACACUUAAAACGUCGUGGAUUGAAGAAGUCGAAACCGGACGGUUUGUUCCCAUCGGCUACUUAUAUUGCUGGAGGAGAGAAACCCAAAAUGACGAUGUCUCCACUGACAAGUGAAAUCCAAUCGAGUGUUGCUAGAACUACAAAUACGGACAACAGUCUUCUCUACGAACAAAUGGAAUUCAUCUCGACUAAUGGACGUUUCAAAAUGUGUAUUCAACCACUCGAAAAGAAGAAGAAGAAAUCGGAUGAAUUUCCAAUUGUUCCGAAACAAUUGCAAUCGAGUACCCGACUGAAAAUUGAGUCGCAAAAAAUCAAAUUCUCGGCUCAAAUCUCACUCGGAACUGAUAAUUUCAUCGAUUUGUCGGGUAUUUUCAAUGGAAGUUCGAUGAAGAAAAAUGAUCACUACAUACCAUCGCAUCCAACACAUGUCCGAGUCGAUAUGUGGGUUCAAGAAGUGACAUCUGUUUCAGAACUUACACAAGAUUUCGAAAUCGAUCUGUAUAUCAACGAAUUCUGGGAAGAUCCUGCAUUAGUAUACGAGGAUAUGAAUCCAUGUAAACGGAAUAUCUCAUUUGAUGAUAAGGUUCUGCAGAGGUUAUGGAUACCCAAUACUUGUUUUAUCAAUUCCAAAAAUGCAGCUAUUCACGAAUCACCGUUUCGAAACGUCUUCUUAAUGGUAUUCUCAAAUGGAACACUUUGGACGAAUUAUCGAAUGGAACUAACUGGACCAUGUGAUAUGAAACUGAAGAGAUUUCCAUUUGACAAACAGAAAUGUUAUCUCACUUUUGAAUCAUUCAAUUACAACACCGGAGAAGUGAGAAUGUCGUGGAACCAGCCGUAUCCAGUUAUUCUACUCAAGAGAAUUGAUCUACCCGAUUUCAAAUUGGUUAAUUUCAGUGUGAUUGCAGUAGAGCAGAUGUACCCUGCCGGAUGGUGGGAUGAGUUGACAGUUGCUUUUGUGUUCCAACGACGAUACGGGUGGUAUGUUCUACAAGGAUACAUACCAACUAUGGUCACAAUUGUCAUCUCUUGGAUUUCAUUCUAUUUGGGACCGAGAGCAUUCCCCGCCCGAACAAUGCUCGGAGUCAACUCUCUCCUUGCGAUGACAUUUCAAUUCGGAAAUAUUAUUCGAAAUCUGCCACGUGUCUCUUAUGUAAAAGCAAUUGAUGUAUGGAUGUUAUCUGGAAUGUUAUUCAUCUUCCUAUCACUUCUCGAGUUGGCGGUUGUUGGAUUCAUGUCGAGGAAUGAGGGAUUGCCUCCGAAAAUUAAAAAACGAAAAAGACAAGAUGAAGAUGACGAGGGAUUCUCGUGGAAGAGUAUGCAGACAAGUCCUCAUUUAGAACUGAGACAGUUUUGGGUCGACAAACGAGUCAAUUCUCUACGGAAUGACAGUGGAGUGCCUCCAGUUGAAGAUUAUGCACCAAUGGAACUCGAACAACCGUAUUAA